GGAGCGAGCUCGUAGUGGACAGACCAGCAUCAACAGAGCACCGUGAGGGUUGCAUUAGUGUUUUCAAGAGCUCCAGAGAGAAGAGUCGAAUUCCCCCCGGCCACUACGUACAACAACCUGCUCCCUGAGCCGACCCACCCCUGAUUACCCCUCUGGGAUAUGACCUACUAGCCCCUGUUCUUGCAAUGCUGAGGCAUUGCCCCAUACCCCUUUUCGCAUCUUCCGGAUCCCGAAAGAAGAUGCCCAAGGCCUCUGGGAAAGAGAAGGCCCCCCUGGCAACACCGGAGAGCCAGGCCCUGGACAUAGUGGCAGACCCAAAGGUGGUGGUCAAGGUGGCUAAGGAGCCACCACUGCCCCCGCAGAAAGUGCUCCGGCUCUUCAGCAUCAACAUCAUCACUCAGGGGCUGCCCUUCUGUCGCAGACGGGUGAGUGCUGCCGGGCUUGGGCCCAAGAUGAAGAGAAAGUUGGACCAUGGCCCAGAGGUCCGAUCUUUCCCUUCAGGAAAAAAGCCCUGCAAAGGCUCCGAGUAUCCAAGUGCUACAGGGCUGGUCCCCUACCCAGCCACCCCCACCACGUUUGGGCACAUCAGGACAGCUAACGGUCAGGGGCAGCAGAGGCGGCGUAUCACCUCCAUCCCUUCUCCCACAGGUCUCCAGGAAUGGCUCCGGACAUUUCAGAGCUGGAGUGGCCCAGAGAAGCUCAUGGCGCUGGAUGAGUUGAUCGACAGCUGUGAGCCCACGCAUGUCAAACACAUGAUGCAAGUUAUUGAGCCGCAGUUCCAACGCGACUUCAUCUCCCUGCUGCCCAAAGAGUUGGCCCUGUACGUGCUGUCGUUCCUUGAGCCCAAGGACCUGCUGCAGGCCGCUCAGACCUGUCGUUACUGGAGGAUCCUGGCUGAGGACAACCUCCUCUGGAGGGAGAAGUGCCGGGAGGAGGCAGGCAUUGAUGAGCCUCUAGCCUUCAAGAAGAGGAAAAUCACCAAGCCGGGCUUCACCCACAGCCCCUGGAAGUGUGCGUACAUCAGGCAGCAUAGGAUAGACACCAACUGGAGGAGAGGAGACCUCCGAUCACCCAAGGUGCUUAAGGGUCAUGAUGACCAUGUCAUCACCUGCCUCCAGUUCUGUGGUAACCGCAUCGUCAGCGGCUCUGACGACAACUCGCUCAAGGUCUGGUCGGCUGUCACAGGAAAGUGUCUGAGGACGUUGGUGGGCCACACGGGGGGCGUGUGGUCGUCCCAGAUGAGGGACAACAUCAUCAUCAGCGGCUCCACCGACCGGACGCUGAAGGUCUGGAACGCGGAGACGGGCGACUGUAUCCACACCCUGUACGGGCAUACCUCAACGGUGCGCUGUAUGCACCUGCACGAGAAAACGGUGGUGAGUGGUUCUCGCGACGCCACGCUGCGCGUGUGGAACGUGGAGACGGGCCAGUGUUUACACGUCCUCAUGGGCCACGUGGCGGCGGUGCGCUGCGUCCAGUACGACGGCCGCAGGGUGGUCAGCGGGGCCUACGACUUCAUGGUCAAGGUCUGGGACCCCGAGACUGAGACCUGCCUCCACACGCUGCAGGGCCACACCAACAGAGUCUACUCACUACAGUUUGAUGGGAUCCACGUGGUGAGUGGUAGCCUGGACACGUCUAUCCGGGUGUGGGAUGUGGAGACGGGUAACUGCAUCCACACUUUGACGGGUCACCAGUCCCUCACCAGCGGCAUGGAGCUCAAAGACAACAUCCUGGUCUCGGGCAACGCCGACUCCACCGUCAAGAUCUGGGACAUCAAGACGGGACAGUGCCUGCAGACGUUGCAAGGUCCCCACAAGCACCAGAGCGCCGUGACGUGCCUGCAGUUCAACAAGAACUUUGUCAUCACCAGCUCGGACGACGGCACGGUGAAGCUGUGGGACCUGAAGACGGGCGAGUUCAUCCGUAACCUGGUGACGCUGGAGAGCGGCGGCAGCGGCGGGGUGGUGUGGCGUAUCCGCGCCUCCAACACCAAGCUGGUGUGUGCCGUGGGAAGCCGCAACGGCACCGAGGAGACAAAACUACUGGUGCUAGACUUUGACGUGGACAUGAAGUGAGAGGAGAGGAGGGGAAAUGGUCGAGACGGGGACAAGUGACGGGAGGGUUAAAGGGAGACGAGGAUGAGAUGGCUCAACAUCGAGGGUGAACGUGCCCUAAACUCUUCACUCCCACACUCAGAAACAGCCCCACCCUACCCUCAACCCCCCCCCCCUUGCCUCUCCCCUCCCCCCGUCGGUGGCCGUUUCUGACAAAGCCAGUCGCCAACCUCACCGGCCAGCACCCAUACUUGUUACCCCUCCCACCUUAAGGGGGUGGGGUUCGAAUCAGAAGGGGUGGAAGUGGGUGUGGCUUGGAACAGGGGUGUGGCUUGCCCGCACUUCUGCGGUAGACUGGGAGGAAGAGGAAGAAGAGGGGGAGGAACAGACUCGUCCAAUAAAGGAGGAAGAUAAGAAAGACAGGAACUCUUGAAGAAAUAACUCUGCGGCUUUAGAGGCAGCUUCUUCGCAAAACAGAGACUUGUUCACUCAAGCCUGACGCAAGCAUUUGUUCAGAUGUAUAAAGAUAUAUCAUUUUUUAUCCCCCACGUAAAGCGCCAACCGACUAUUUAAUAGAAAAACAACACUGUAUACAGUACAGUACACAAGGCAAAGACACAGGGAAACAUCAAAUUCUCAUCUGAGGAAAUUAAGUGAAUUGGAAAAAGGUUUUAUGACAACACACAGACACACAAUAUUAGCUAAGUAAGGUUAUUGUCGUCGGGGAGAGAAUGAGAGAAACGACAUGCCAAGAAUCUGAUUGAUCCCCAAACCAGGUAUGAGCCUAUAACAUCAGGCCCUAUAUCCUGUUCUCUGUUUGUUCCAGUCUUAUUGUUCUUCAGUCUAUUAGUUCCAGGGUUUGAUUUCUUCAAAAAAACACACAGGAGCACACAUACAACUGUGAAUUUGCGUUCCUUUUGUAGCUAUGUUCUUUCAAUCAGUUCAAAGACGAGGAUUUUUGUUGUUCAUUUGUUUUUUGGUUGCCUGUUGUUGCCAACAGCAACAAGUCCCAGUAUUAACCUGUUCCACUCACUUCUUUCUUUUGUUAUCUCACCACGUUUUAUUUUCUGUUUGGGUUGUUCUUUACAUUCUUCUUUUCUUCUUCAUAGCUGAAGUCUGGAGACGUUAAGUCUUCAGAUUUAGACACGAUGCUGUCCUGUGUUUUUCAACGAGUCUGGCUGGGUUGGUUCCUCAAUGCUGGUUCUUACGUGGGGGGGGGGUUUGGGGUUCUCUUCUCGGAACUCUUCGUGUGGAAUAGCGUCCUCCCUCCCUCCCAGUACUGUUUUCCCAGUGGGUAAACUGUAUUUAUGCUGCUAGAUAAAACUGAAAUAAAGAUGGAACUUUUACUCGCUGUGACGUUUUAGUCCCAGACUAAAUUCCAAAAUGGACUCUUCUAAUGUUUUAAACAGACGACACACAAAAGAGAGAGAGAGAGAGGGAAACAUGACAAUAACAACCGUGGUUUUGUUGUUUUGUUUCUGCCACUGAAACUUUGAGCCAAACAUGCCUCAGCCAGGCUGAGAGGAGAGAGAGUUGGACAAAGACAGGUCUGCCUGCAUAGGCUAAACGAUAGGGUGUAAUAUGUGUGUGUGUGUGUGUGUGUGUGUGUGUGUGUGUGUGUGUUUUUGGGCAAAUUGUUAACACAUUCCUUGGGACAAAGCGCUUUCAACCUGUUUUGUGGGGAACUGUCUAGAUGCUGUGUGGACUGGCAAAGAGAAAAAAGAAAAUAGCAAAUUAUUUUUAUUUUUUUGUUUUGUUUUUUUAAAGAGUGAAUGAAAGAAAACUGUCCAUCCAUAUGUGAUUUGUUUCCAUUCAAAUGUUUGAAGCAACAUUGUUGAAUGGGCGCAAACUGACAACUACAGUAGAAGACAGGACAGUCUCAGUGUUAUAAAUAUGACAUAUUACACGUUACAGUCAAACUGUUAAGCGCUAGCUAGCUCGCGUAGCAGUUAGCAGUCUAAUGGUUUGUGAAUGGAAAAAGUACCUACAGGCAACCUGGCUUCAAGUGAACAGAACAGAACAUUGCAGCCAAAACGAUUAGUUAAUAAACUCAAUCUCCCAAGAAAGGAGUCACACACAACUCAAGCAGAACUGUGAAAGUGGUUUAACACUGUAUAUUAAACAAAAAAAACAAUCUUGUUCUUUCUCCUCUCUCGUUUUAUUUUUAAUCUGUUUUAAUUUAUGAUCUGGUUUGAGAAAUCAGAUGCCGCAGGUGUUUUUAUUUUUUCAGUUCAUUCAUGUAACUGCCUGGCUAAAAGAAAACGGACAGAGAAAAAAAACCUGAAAGGGAUUGUGUAUUUGUUUGAUUCAACUUAGAAUUUUUAUUUUCUUAUAACUUAAGUGCAAUAAAAUGUUUGUUUUUUUUUUUCAUUUUUUUUUUUUCAUUUCAGUUGUCUGUUUUUCACUGUGUUAUGUGUUCAAUAAAACCUCUUCGGUUUAUUACAUUA